UAAUGAUUAGUUAUGAAGUGAUUUCAUCAAAGAUUUAAUUUAAUUCUUGGAAUAGCAUGUUUGAUGCUAUUAUUCUUGUUUUUGAUGAAAAGUACUUGAAUAUUUGGGAAAGUCAUGAAAUGGUUUGAA